AUUUGAACAUGGAAUUCAAUCCUUCAGACCAUCCUCGGGCCAGCACAAUAUUCCUCAGUAAAUCGCAGACGGAUGUGAGAGAAAAACGCAAGAGUCUCUUCAUUAACCACCAUCCUCCGGGACAAAUAGCAAGGAAAUACAGCUCCUGCUCGACUAUUUUCCUAGACGAUAGCACAGUCAGUCAACCAAACCUCAAGUAUACAAUUAAAUGUGUAGCUCUCGCAAUAUAUUACCACAUUAAAAACAGGGACCCAGAUGGAAGGAUGCUCUUGGAUAUUUUCGAUGAAAACCUUCACCCUCUCUCGAAAUCCGAAGUGCCACCAGAUUACGACAAACACAACCCAGAGCAGAAGCAGAUCUACCGGUUUGUUCGGACACUGUUCAGUGCUGCUCAGCUGACUGCGGAAUGUGCCAUUGUCACCCUGGUGUACCUCGAAAGGCUUCUGACGUAUGCGGAGAUCGACAUCUGUCCGGCCAACUGGAAGCGGAUUGUUCUCGGGGCCAUCCUGCUGGCCUCCAAGGUGUGGGACGACCAGGCGGUGUGGAACGUGGACUACUGCCAGAUCCUGAAGGACAUCACGGUGGAGGACAUGAACGAGCUGGAGCGACAGUUCCUCGAGUUGCUCCAGUUCAACAUCAACGUUCCCUCCAGUGUUUAUGCCAAGUAUUAUUUUGAUCUUCGUUCUCUGGCGGAAGCCAACAACCUGAGCUUCCCCUUGGAGCCUCUGAGCAGGGAGAGGGCCCACAAGCUGGAGGCCAUCUCCCGCCUCUGCGAGGACAAGUACAAGGACCUGAGAAGACCCACGAGGAAGCGGUCAGCCAGUGCUGACAAUCUGACUCUGCCCAGGUGGUCCCCCGCCAUCCUCUCCUAACCGUUGGCAUCUCCGCUGGAGGCCGUGCCAUCCCUCCGUUUCUCCUGUAGUUCGAGAAAAGACAGACGUGGGGUGGUGUGUUUGGUUUUUCCUUUCCUCUUCUUUUUAGUUCCUAGCUCCGCCAGGCUGCCUUGAUGACCGCCUCCGCGCCGCGCGCGCUCUUGCGCAGCAGGGCUCGAGGAAGCCAGGCUCUUCCGUGGGAUCCCGCCCGCGCCUUCCCGGCUCGGGGACAGCACUUCCUUCGUGGAGGAAAAAGACUCUCAUCCUGGAGGAGGAAGGGAGGGGAAGUCGUGUCGAGGCAGGGAAAGCGGCUUGGCGGUUUCUUAAGUCUCCCCGUCGGUCGGUAGACGGAACCGACGGGACAGCCCGGCGUAGAUGACAGAGUUGGAUGCGCGUUAAAGGCCAGUGCCGCGGUCGCCACCCCACCCGGAUCAGUGUGUCCCUUGAGACUUCCUGCAUUCCUUCUUGCUGCUUCUCGGGGAUUUGGGGGGGAUUUUUGUUCGUUUUAUUCUGUUUGGGUUUUGGUCCCACAGAGCAGAGAAUAUAGUUUGUACCCACUACGGCACAGACCUCCAAAUAAAUAGUACUGGCUGUUUCUCUCUGCACCACUCCUGCGAGCUGUCUUCUGAGCUUUCUUCCUCUCAAGGGGGAGCGCUUGUCACGUUUCUGUGCACCGUUAUUGUAGGUGGUUUUCUCCACAGUGGCGGAAUCAACUUGACUGUAGUGCCGAACCAAACGGUAUCCCUCCCCCCGGCUCCCCCCGCCCACGGAACAUUCUAGAUCACAUGGGUGCUUGUGCCUUCGGUGGUUACUCUCUUCCCUGCUGUCCUGAGUGGGAGCCCCUUCCCCGGCCCCGGCCCACCCGCUCCUCCACGUCCAUGUCCAUUGUGCAAGCAAUAUCCCCCUCGAGUUUUCUAUGUUUACCUUCAAUCAAAGCUAGUCUAUUUGUAUAAAAUUUUUUAAAAAUCUAAAAUUAAAAAAAAAAAAAAGGUGGGGGUGGGGGUGGGUAUGCCAGCAGAAGAGCAUUGAAGGGCACCAUGUUCCUAUUUACUCUGAGGUAUUUUUCACAGAAUGAUUGAAUAAAAAACGACUUGCAUUUUCAUUGUGGGUGCUUAGUGAAGUUAUACAAAAUUAAACUGUGAAGGUUUAUGCUUCACUGAUUACCACCAUCUGUUUUCAUUUCUGACCAUCCAUCAUUUCCUUAUGGGUGAGAAAAAAAUUUUCUAUAUCAAGGAGAAUUAAAGGGUUAAUGAUAGAAUACCACAUGAAGUCUAAGAAUCCGGGUCAGUGAAGCAUACAGUUUUGGGUUUUGCAUAUUUUCUUGGGUCACCUUGAGAGAGGUUUCUAAGUUUUUCCUUCAUGUCUCUGAGGCAAAUGGCAGCAGAUAGUCUGUGUUUCACUCUCCUCCUGUGUGAGCCUGGAAAACUUUGGAAUCUUCCGUUACUAGUCCUGUGCCCUGAACUCACACACUGCUCCCCAGACAUGCCUGCUCCCGAGGAGACAAGCAGUGUUGACAAGUGGGAAGGCUCAGAAAUACCCACCAUCCCAAGAACACCAAGCCACCCAGUGCUGGUCAGGAUUCCGUGAAAUUGGCAGCGCCUGUAAACAUAAUUGUUUGAGCCAGAAGUACCAUCAGGUUCUUUCUGGUUUAACCUUUGAAAAGCAAACAAGCAGAAGAUGAAGCGUUACUUACCCUUCCGUUGUCAAUGCGUUGAUGUGUUCUGUAUGGGUUCCGAAAUCAGCUUCUCUCUUCAAGUAAGGGUUGGAUUUAGAACUUGAAACAGAGACCUGAAAGUGUAGAAAAUAGCAUUUUAUAUUCCCUAAUCUAUAUAGCGUCAAAAGGGACAUAUUUUCUUAGCUGGAUAUGAAUACCUCUCGAACAGAAAUUAGUUCCUCCCGUGUAAAGUAUCUUAUUUUCCCGAUCCAGUUCAGGAAAGAGGUUCAGCUGCCUUUAAAGCAGAAAUCUUAUUUUUAUCCCUUUUAUUUGAAUGAGAGAGAUUUGAAAAUUGAAUUAUGUAAAUAUUUCAAUGCAUCUGCUAUUAUUUUGUGGAGUUUAUUAAACUACUUUAAAAAAUUGUAUAGUCUAUUUAUUGUAUGUAUGUACAUACAGUCUGAUAACUUAAAAUUUAAAGUGGAUUCCGUAAAACCUGACUCAGUCUUGUUUAGACUCUUGAAUAUUGUUUUAGCCUUGUGCACUGGACUCUACCUCUGUAUAGGAAAAUUUUCCAUAUUAUUGAGCAUUGAUCUGUAUUGGUUGUGUUUCUUGCACUAAGGAUUUUUUUAAACUCUGCUGUAAGUGUAGAUUUCAGUUUUACUUUUGCAGGACGAGUCACCUGACACAAAGGUAACUUUAGGUUUGUUUUAUUUUUCUACAUUUCAUUCUCUGGUUUGUUCUGAGUUUGCCAAAAAACACAAAAACCAGAAAACAAAAACCCACCCCGACUACAGCCAGUACAGUACCUAUUGAUAAAUGAUCGUGAUGUAACUUGUUUGCAAGGUGACUCGUGCCCUACAAUUAAAGCGGGAUUGCUCUUUAGGAAUACAUCGUCUUAGUGUAGUUUUUGAAUGGACCGUUUUCAUCAUUCACGGAGGAUGAAGAAAAUCACACAACUUGUUGGCUUUUACAUUAGACUUAAACAACAGAUAAAGUCAUUGGGAGAAUAACUAUCCCAAUGAAUUUUUCCUUUUUGGUUUGCUUUCCUUUUUUUUUUAACUGGGAGAAGGGAAAGAAGUCAGGGAUUUAAAACCAAACUGGAGGGCGAGGUGGGAGAUCCUGCCAAGAGUCCAGAUGGGCCCUGUGCCUUAACGUGCGGUGAGGCCGUCGUCUGGCCCCCGCGUGGUCUUCGGCAGGGCCGUCAGCAUCUUGGGCUUUGCCUUGGGUCUGGGGGCUUUGAUCCUCCGCUGAGCUGCAGAGCAGGAGUUUGGAAGUGAGUGAUUUUGAUCCUUUCCGGCUGCUUUGGUAACUUCUCACGGGGGCCAUAUUUUACAGCUUUGAGUUUUUUAAACAACAAAAUAUACUUCCUGGUUCAUUGUAGGUACCUAUAAGUGUUCAAUAAAUAAAUCCAUAGAACAAAUAG